GAAUGACGUAAUGAGCGUGAAACAAAGAUGGCGGCGACUUAAGCAUAUAAACUGUGUGAAGUAGUUUUAUUGACACAGAAGUCAGCCUCUCUGGAGGCUUUAGCUUCGUCUCACGGGUUGUUCAGGACUAUAACACUCUCCUCGGUGAGAUAAGGGUGUUGUAGGCGUUGCUGGACGCCUCAGAAGAGCCUGUAGGGUCUUGUUUUCUUCCCUCCGGUGAGGUGCUGACAGACAGGAUGGACACUGGAGAGUACAUCUCCACCAUGGACAACAUGGACCCGACUCUAGCAGAGCUAGGGGACGAGUUCACCCUGGGAGACAUCGAUGAGAUGCUGCAGUUCGUCAGCAACCAGGUGGGGGACUUCCCAGACUUGUUUGAGGAUCAGAUGAACUCAGCAAGCUCUGUGCAGAGCGGCGGCGCCAGCGCCACUCCGCGUCCUGCCGUUCAAACCCCUCAGUCUCCUCAAACUCCCAAGACUCCCCAGACUCCCAAAACACCAACCCCCGCUGUCUACCAGAGCUCCACCGUUAGCCUCGUCGCCUCCCACACACUGUCUCCCCAGUCUGUGCCCCUUACUCCUCCACUCACUCCCACACAGACCCCCUCCCCCACCACCACCGUCACCUCGGUGCAGCAGCAGGUGACCCGCAGCCCUCCGCUCCUCCAGCCGCGGCCUCAGGUGAUCCAGCCCAUCCAGCCUCAGCCCCAACAGACGGUCCAGCCCACCAUCCAGAUGCACACCCAGGCGAUCCCCAUGCAGACCCAGAGCUUCCCGGUCCACACUCUGGUUCAGACCCACAGCCAGACGGGCAUGCCCAUCCAGACCCAGGCGGCCCAGACUGUGAUGAUCACCACCAACGGCGGACAGUCACGUUUCAUCCAGAGCCCCGUCAUCUGCCACCAGAACCAUGCUUCUGGUUUCCAAGUCCUCCAACCACAGAUGCAGAGCAUUAUGACGUCACAGCUCCAGCCAUUGACCAUUCAGCACCAGCGUGUUCUGACCCCGACCUGUCAGACCAUCCAGACUCUCUCCCAAGCGCCCACCACGGUCCACACUAUGCAGCAGCAGAUGCAGCAAGUUCCUGUUCUGGUCCAGCAGCCUCAGAUCCUGAAGACAGAUUCACUGGUUCUCACGACACUCAAACCAGACGGCACACAGGUGCUGUCCACCAUGACUACGCCCAUGCAGAACACAGCUCUACAAGUCCCGACGCUGAUGAGCAGCAACAUCCUGACCACCGUCCCUGUUAUGAUGGGAGGAGGAGACAAGCUGCCAAUCAAGCAGCUGCAGCACGGCUCCUCCCACAUGACAAACGGAGCCAGGUUGAGCAUGGAGUGUAUGAUGGGAGGAGUGAUAGGCCCGGGGGGAGUGGUGAAGGAGGGCGAGAGGAGGACGACGCACAACAUCAUCGAGAAGAGGUACCGGUCCUCCAUCAACGACAAGAUCGUGGAGCUCAGAGACCUCGUCAUGGGCAAUGACCAGAAGAUGCACAAGUCAGGGGUACUGAGGAAGGCCAUCGACUACAUCCGAUACCUGCAACAGGUCAACCACAAACUACGGCAGGAGAACUUGGCCCUUAAGAUGGGCAAUCCGAAGAACAAAACAGUGAUUCUGUCUGAAGACGUGGAGCUCAAAGAGGAAAUAGUGAUGAUGUCACCUCCAGCCUCGGACUCUGGUUCUGGUUCCCCUCACCAAUUCUCUCCUUACUGUGUGGACUCGGAGCCAGGCAGCCCCUUGAUGGAGCACGAUCAGAUGAAGAUCGAGCCAGACUCUCCCUCCUCGGUCGGAGUGAUGGAUCGUUCCCGACUGCUCCUCUGCGCCCUGACCUUCUUCUGCCUGUCCCUAAACCCGCUGCCAUCUUUGUUGGGCUCUGAGUCCUCAGGGAGCCCCAGCCUCUCAGCGGGCCACGGGCCGUCUAGAACGCUCGUCUGGUUCCCGACUCACACGCAGGACUUUGCAUCCUGGCUGCGGUGCCUGUUGCCAUGGGUGAUGGUGUGGGUGCUGAGCGGGGUGGGAGCGGUGUGGGGCUGUGUCAGGGUGCUCCACCUGUGGGAGCCCGUCACGCUCCUUCACUCGCCAAAGUCUGUGUCGUUCUGGAGGCAUCGCAAACAGGCCGACCUGCAUCUCAACAGGGGAGAUUACAUGGCAGCGAUGGCCAGUUUAGAGACCUGCCUGUCCGUCUUGACCAGAGCUCUUCCCUCAACUAGCCUGGACCUGGUCUGCUCGCUGUCCUGGAAUCUGAUUCGCUACGUCUUGCAUCGUCCAACUCCUCUGGGUUGGCUGGUUCAUCAGGUCGGGGGGAAGCAUGAGGGGGAGGAGGCUAGGACUAGUGCGAAGGACGCGGCACUGGUUUACCACCGGUUGAGCCAGCUGCAGCUCACAGGAAAGCUGCCUCAGCGUAGCAGCCUGUGGGCGUUGUCUGUGUCUCUGAGCGCCGUCAACCUCAGCGAGAGCGCCCAAGGCAAGAUGGCCCCUGCCCAGCUCACCCAGAUCUAUGUCACUGCAGCAACAGCCCUGCGCACCGUGCUGGGCCACCACCUCGCCUUUCUGCCUGGUUAUCUGUUGAGUUGUGCAGAGAGUGUGGCCAACCAAUCAGAGACCAAGCCAAUCCCCGACUGCCUGCGCUGGCUCUUCACCCCGUUGGGUAGGCAGUUCUUCCUGAGUUGUGAUUGGUCGGUGAAGUCAGAGAGCAGCGACGGGGUGUACACUUCUCAGAGAGACCCAGCUGACCCCAUCGCCCAGCUGCACCGCUGUUUCUGCAGGAAGCUUUUGGAGAGAGCCGUUCACACCCUCAUCCAGCCGCAGAGCGACUCUGAAGUGGGCAAACGCAAGAACGACUCUGGGGAGUUCUCCAGCGCCCUGGAGUUCCUCCAGUUGUUGAACAGCUGUACAGAGGACUCUCCCUCUCCUCCUCCCCCCUUCUCGACUCCUCCCAAUCACACCACCACGCCAGUGGGAGACCCAGUGAGUCGUUGGUGGGCUUUGGUUCUGAAGGCUGCCGUGCAUUGGCUGCAGGGCGAUGACGUCAUAGUGAGGUCACUGUUGGCAGAAGCGGAGCGGAUGCCGAGGGCUCUACACACUCUUGACCACCCGCUGCCCAAGGCCGUGCUGCUGCUUUGCAAGGCAGUUCAGAUGAGUCUGUCUCCUCUGAAGGGAGAAGGGGCCAUAGCCUGCCUGUCCCACUGCGACAGAGCCAGCAGCUACCUGCGCUCCAGCAUCUCAGUGCCCCUCGCCCAGACUGGGAACUGGCUGAACAAGGGGGUGGAGCUCCUGAUCUGUGACCUUCUGCUGACCUUGAGGACCAGUUUAUGGCAGCGGGGAGGCAGCAGUAACGGAGAACCCGGCCCGGCCCCUGGAUCCCAGUUGGCUGGUUUCCAGAGGGACCUCAGCGCGCUCAGAAAGCUCACACAGUGCUACAGACAGGCGCAACACAAGGUGUUUCUCCAUGAGACCACAGUGAGGCUGAUGGCUGGAGCCAGUCCCACAAGGACACACCAGCUGCUGGAGCACAACCUCCGACGCAGGACACACAACUCCUACACAGCCGAAGGUGAGUGCGUCCUGGGUGAGAGGGAGAGGGCUCACGCCAUCCUGCUGGCCUGCCGCCACCUGCCCAUGCCCCUGCUGACUCCGCCCGGGCAUCGCGCCCGCCUGCUGGCUGAGGCCAAGCGCACCCUGGAGCGGGUGGGAGACCGACGCUCCCUGCAGGACUGUCAGCAGAUCCUGCUGCGCCUCAGCGGGGGCACGACCAUCGCUGCCUCCUGAACACGCACACACACACACACACACACACAUUAGGGCUACUCACAAUACAAUGAACUCUGUAAUUUCCUAUCCUACAUAGAAAGAUGUAAACCAGGCCACCAACAACUGUCACUCAUUCACACCCGCAUACUGGUCAAGGGUCAUGAAUAUAAAGACUUUUCUUCAAAUUCACACACAGACAGCUCACUGUAUCCACACCGCAGGCUCCACAUUUGCUCCUUCGACGCUUAGUUUCAUUGUUGCAGCACAAUCACGCCACCUUCUGGUCAUUAAUGGCACCGCGCUGGCUUUACUGCCUCAUUUUUAACAAUGCUACACAACAAGGAAAAUCAGGUUAAAUAGGCCCCAAAGGGAAAAGGGACCAUUAUCUAAUAGCUGUUUUUAAAUGAAUGCAAUGCUGCAGUGCAUUGAUUAGCUGUAGGAUACCACGCUGUACAAUCAUUAUUGGCACGCGGCAAUGCGAGUGCUACAAUAACUGUGUAAUAAUGUCUCAUUAAACUUGCAAGCUUCAAUUUAAGGGCGUCAAGAACAGAUAGCCGAGUUUCUGUUAAGCAUAGCUGAGCUGUAGGAUGCAGACGGAUAGACUAGCUUGCUUUUACCAUACAGUGCUGAGUAGUGUCUCUUCUUAUCUACCUCAUACACAGUACAAUGCCAGCAUUGUACUGUGGAGCAAAAUAGGAUACUUAAGCAUCACGUCAGUUAUGAAUUUGAAUUAGGAGGCCAUUUGAAGCGAUGGAGCGUCAUUCUAAUAAAACCUUCAUGAGCUGCUUUAUUUAGACUUUAGGAUGCAGCAGUGUAGUACUUUAGGAAUUUGACUUGCUGUUGCAGAAUGCAAGAAUGACAGACAGCUACUGCUGACAUGCUCCUUACUGUCGAACAAGAAACGGGGGAACAAUGAUUGGAUCUGUGGGAUAUCUAAAUAACAGAGGGGAGCAGAUCAUUUCGAAAAUGCCUACCUACACACACACUCACACAGAUGCAUAUAUAUAUUAAAUUAAUUGCAUACAAACUCACAAUGUGAUUGUAUAUAGGUUGUAUAUAGGCAGAUAAGCAGAAGUAGAUUAAACGGGAAGCCCUGACUUCUGCUUGAGAGGAGACACUCGUCAAAGAACCGCCGCAACACGUCAAAGUUUAAUGGUUUCCUGUCAGAGUCUGAAGCUCUGACCAGGAGAGCAAGGUCAGCUGCCUCACGCUUAAAGUGAUACUCCAACCAAAAAUCAUUUUGCUAUCAAACACUCUAUUGUGGCCUCGCAAGGUGGCCUCAAAGCAGAAAAAAAAACAUCCAUAAAAGUGCCUACUGUGCAUCAUUGUAAGCCGCCUUUUCCAGCCUAGAGGCAGCGAGGGUCAGAUACUCAAAAGAUGUUGGGUGGCGUGUCACUUUAAGAUAUAGCGAAGUGAAAUAAAAGUGAGGAAUCUUGGAUGUGAUGUCCACCUAUGAUGUAAAGCUCUCCAGCAAAAUGGCCUUGAUGUAAUGUAAAGAGUUAUUUUAUUAUGUUGUCAUCACAUUCGGGAAUGAUGGAGGAGUUGUAUCUUUGUAAAAUCUUUGUCCAAUUUUUGUUUUUAAUUGUUUACUUACACAUGAGAAGGCGCUUCUGUCAUUCCUGUUUCUUAUUUAAUGGUAAUGUAAUAUUAAUAUAAAUGCUUUUCCGGAGGGCGGAAGGGAACAGUUUUGCAGUUAUGUCAUUGUCAUUGUUUUAUAUUGAUAAAAGCAGCCUAGGGUCAGAGAGAUAAUCUCUAAUAGGAAGAUGUGUAUUUUAUUGAAGCCCGCAUUUAAACACUGAUAUUUUAGACUUUCUUUGCUGUUUUUAAAAUACAGGCAAAGACACAUGUAUGCUAUUAGAAAUGUCCAGAAUUCUUCCAGGGUGUAAGUUAGCAACCUAAAGAGUCCUGAAAAUACUUUUUAUCAGUUUAGAUUAUCUUUCCUGGCUGGUAAAAGUGUGCAAAGAAGAACGCAAUGCUCAGCCGGCCAUCGGCUUGCUGGAGUUUUUGCUAUCAUUAUAAUUAUGUUACAAUUGUCUUUCCCCUUGAUGUGUUUUAUUGUCUGACUUUCUGCGUUCAUUUUGAUGUUUGUUUUGUAAUAAAACAACACAUGACAGUG